CCACAUUACGGAAGUAAUUUAUUCUUGACUGAUAUACGAAAUUUACGGAAUUACGGAAAACCAACCAUGCACCCUUCGCAGAAAGAAGUUUCUUCUGAAAACAGAGAUAACUCGACCAAUGGCGGGACCCCUUCCCGUAAUCUUGCGAAUAUCGAGUGGAACGAACCGAACAACGACCCAAGAGGAGUUUCUUCAGGACACGUUCAUAUCCCGACCGAUGGCGGGAUCAUUUCCCGUUAUUAUGUAGACAUCGGGUCGACUCUAACGGAUAACGAUCCCCCUUUUCGCAAUAAUCGAGUUACCGAGAGGACACAAAGGGGAAAUAACGCUCAGAGAGGAGUUUCUUUAGAUCGCGGUUACUUUGCACUACUGAAAAACAACACCCACGGACAAGUUUCUUCAGGAAACCGCGAUAGAUCUUCCGGAGGGGGGACUGACCCCCCUUCACGCAAUUACGAUAUUUUUCCGUGGAAUAACCCUCAGAGACGAGUUUCAUCAGGAAACCGCGAUAGCUCCUUUGGUGGAAACCGCGAUAGCUCUUCCGGAGGGGGGACUGACCCCCCUCCACGCAAUUAUGCGGUGCUCCCUAGGACACCACCGCAGAGUAACGCUGAGAGACACUCUAGGACACCAGUGCGGAACCGCGUCCAGACGAGUGGCGUGCGACGCACUUUCAAACGUAAACGUCCUUUAGUUGAAAGUAGCUCAGACUCAGAGAGCGAAAUGCCUUAUCCCGAGGAAUCGAUGAGGGCUCCAAAACGGUCCUUCAAGCGUAAUAGGUCUCGCUUUUCGUCGGACUUCUGGUUGCCGCGCCGUUAAAUGCAGAAAAGCUUAUUCGUAACCAUCCCCAGGAAGCGUGAGGUGGAUCCCGAAGGACCCCAAGGACUGGAGAAAACCAAGUCGUCGGCGAGAAUUCUCAAAAAUUCGAUGCG